AUCAAUCGUCAGUCGUCCGCCGAGAGCCCAGCGAUAAGGUAGUCCCGCUACGCUCCGCAACAUCCCCAGUAAAACCGUAUAUAUACACCAUAUAUAUUUGUAUAUAUAUAUAGUACCCGAAGAACCGACUGCGAUCGAUCUUCUGCUUCGUGCCGAGUCGCUUCGUUUCGAGUCUUUUAAUCGCACUGCAGCCAGAACCUGCCGCUCAUUCGCCUGCCGUAACUCGUAGCGUGCGGUUCUAUCGCUCCGCUUGAAAAACCGAGAAUCCAAAUCAAGAGAACUCGACUAAUUUUUACGUGCUUCUCUGCGACGCUGCGCGAAAGUGAAAACCAAGUGAACUUGAAACACAAACUGAACUGAAAUCUACAAAAAAUAAAAAACUAAAGAAUAAACAGUGAACACACAUACAUAGAGAGCAGCAAAUCCAUAUUUGCUGCCCAAAGUGAAACCCAAACUGUGCCUCAAACUCAACAAACAAUAUCUAACCGAAAUGGUUACCGGCGUUACCGCAGCCAACAUGACCAACGUUUUGGGUACCGCCGUGGUGCCGGCCCAGCUCAAGGAGACGCCGCAGAAAAGUGACCGUCGGUCGAACAAACCCAUCAUGGAGAAACGCCGACGCGCCCGUAUUAACAACUGUCUCAAUGAACUGAAGACUCUGAUUCUGGAUGCCACCAAAAAAGACCCGGCUCGCCACUCCAAAUUGGAAAAGGCCGACAUUCUGGAGAAGACAGUGAAGCAUCUGCAAGAGCUGCAGCGCCAGCAGGCUGCCAUGCAGCAGGCCGCCGAUCCCAAGAUUGUUAACAAAUUCAAGGCUGGCUUUGCCGACUGUGUGAACGAGGUUAGCCGCUUCCCCGGCAUUGAGCCCGCCCAGCGUCGCCGCCUAUUGCAGCACCUGAGCAACUGCAUCAAUGGCGUCAAGACGGAGCUGCACCAGCAGCAGCGCCAGCAGCAGCAGCAGUCCAUCCACGCCCAGAUGCUGCCCUCGCCGCCCAGUUCGCCGGAGCAGGAUAGCCAGCAGACGGCAGCGGCGCCCUACCUCUUCGGCCAGAUCCAGCAGACGGCCAGCGGAUACUUCCUGCCCAAUGGCAUGCAGGUGAUCCCCACCAAGCUGCCCAACGGCAGCAUUGCCCUGGUAUUGCCACAGAGUCUGCCGCAACAGCAGCAGCAGCAGUUGCUGCAACAACAGCUGCAGCAGCAGCAGCAACUCGCCGUCGCAGCAGCAGCAGUGGCCGCCCAGCAGCAACCCAUGUUGGUGUCCAUGCCACAGCGCACAGCCAGCACCGGAUCCGCCAGCUCGCACUCCUCCGCCGGAUACGAGUCGGCGCCCGGGAGCAGCAGCAGCUGCAGCUACGCCCCACCCAGUCCGGCCAACUCCAGCUACGAGCCGAUGGACAUCAAGCCAUCGGUCAUCCAGCGCGUGCCCAUGGAGCAGCAGCCCCUGUCGCUGGUGAUCAAGAAGCAGAUUAAGGAGGAGGAGCAGCCCUGGCGGCCCUGGUAGAGGGUCUAGCGAUAGGCCCCCUAUCGAAUCUCCCGCUUUUAAGACUGACCCCCCCCACCCCACACCCCCAUUACACCAUUACACCAAUCAUCAUUCACAAGCGCAGGCGUUGUGCGCAUGCGCGUAGACAUUUCACAUCAUUCGCCGGGAUAACGCAAAUGUUGCUUUGAAGUGCCGCCGCAAACAUGCGAAUCCUUCGGCGGUCCACAUCCUCGUCGGUUUAAUUUCCCGGCUUAGAUCCUGGAAAUCCACUGGCGAGAUUAGGACCUCCAUCAGACGCACACACACACACACACACGUUGUUAUAACUUAUUUAUUAUUAUUAUGUAAUCGAUUUGAGAACGGUAUUCUACCAGGACAUCGCCAAACUACCUCAGUCCAAGUACUUGGUGUUGAAUUGCCUCAUAUAUCAUGUAUUACUCUUUUUGAAUAGCAGCAAAUCAGCAAAAGUCUUCCAUACACACUCACAAAAACAAAACAAAUGAUAAAAAAACAAACACUUGAAAAGCUGAAAUACUUUUUAUGAAAAAGAUAAACGCGAAACAUAACUCUUAGAUAUAGACGUACAUCUCCAUUUAAAUAUAGGUUUUGUACCAUAGCCCGCUAAGCCGCUUAGGUUUUCUAUCGCUCUUAAGUCUAAUCAAAGAAUAAUUAUAUUUAUAAAAACACACACAAAAAAACUAUUCGUAAGGCCACGUGAUAUAGUGAACAUAAUGAGCUUCUAAGAAAACAAAACAAGAAUUUGAUGCAAACAAAAGCAAAAAAAUCAACAAGAAAAGAAAAAACAAACAAACAACAUACUAAAAAGAAAUAAAAUUAA